AUGUCGUACACAUUGGCUCUAUUCCUGGCUAUCAGCUGUCAAUUUUCAUCUGUGUACAUGCUCAUCUUGUCUGAUAAUCGCUAACAUGGUGAACAAUCGCAAUUCGUUCCGCUAUUCGGACUUUAAGUGCAACCUUUCAGAUGCGUGUAUUCGUUUUCCAGGCAUUGACGCCUAUGUGCGCAUUGGUGAGAAACUUGGUUGCGGCGCAUAUGGUGAUGUCUUCCGUGGCUACCGUAUGGAUGACUCAGCCGAUGUGAGUUCUGAUUUGUGCGACUCGAAGUCUCACAGUAAGCGGCGCAAUGUCAUCGGUAGUGCACGUUCUAAUGCAUCAUCAACCCCUUCUACUAGAACUUCUGAAGAUGUCACAGCUCCGGGUGGAGGCUGCAUGAGUUUAUGUUAUGAUGUUUCUGUUAACCAACAGCCUACGAUAACGGCUCAGGAACCCCCAGUGAACAACCUUCCAGUUUAUGCUGUAAAGUAUUUUAAGGAUGACAUUGUUCACAUUAUGGAAGAGGGUAUAAGUCCUGGUACUCUCCGUGAGUUGAGCAUUAUGAAGAGUUGCAAUGACCAUCCAAAUAUUGUUAAAUUGGUGGACGUUUAUGUUGGUCCUCACCCAGGUAUUGUAGACAUGCUAAAUCAGCAAUUGGGUGACGCUUUAAAGUCCAGUGGCACAGAAGUCGCUGGCCGGAAGGACUUACAAUUUUUCCCGUUUAAGAAGUCACAGAUAUUCAUGUUCGCUUUAUACGAGUAUUGUGAAGGUGGCGACUUGGGUCGUGCCAUUUGGCGCGCAUAUAGCAAGAAUCAGCCUGGCUACUCAUUAUCGGAGGUUAAGUGGUAUGCAUUCCAAUUACUCAAUGGCUUGGCGUAUCUUCACAUGUCUAAAAUUGAGCAUCGUGAUUUGAAGCCGAAUAAUAUCAUGUUAUCUGACAGUGAGCGUCUCACUGUACUGAAGAUAGGUGAUUGGGGUAUGGGUCGUGAAUUCCGAAAUCUGGACGGCACCGUAACUCCAACAGCAUGUACACUAUUUUAUCGGCCCAUAGAAGUUAUUUUGGGCCCUAUGAACAUCCCACCAGCAGAUCCUGAGGCUCAGUUGGGGUCCCGGCCAUUACACAGGCAUAACUAUGGGAUUAAUGCGGAUAUUUGGAGUGCCGCUUGCAUUAUCGCAGAAUUGGUCACGGGUUUUCCUUUAUUUCAUGGAAAUUCCGAUUUUCAAGUGCUAACGCGCAUAGUGACCACACUAGGUCGUCCUACAGAGGACGAGUGGCGUAACUGUUCGCGGUCUGAGCAUUAUCCAUUUAAUGGCAGCUUAUAUAAUGUUCACGUUGAGGACAAAAAGGAACGUUUGCGUUCAGUGUUACGCGGUAAGAUGGAUGACGUUGGCCUGGACCUUCUGCUGUCGUUGUUACAGUACAACCCACAUAAAAGACUAAGUGCCCUGGAAGCAUUGUCCCAUCCGUGGUUCCACGACGUGGACUACCGCCGACUGGAUUCCAUGGGAGUUCGCAAUUGCUUAACGAACGCUUUGAUGGGCCGUUUCGGUGCGAGUGCUAUACGCAACCUUGAGGAUCAAUCAAGGGGCAUUACGUCCACCACGUUACUGUCGCACAUGAUAUACAACGACUCUGACAUUAAAGGGCAUAUAAUGGAUGCUAUCGACCGCGACUACACACACGUGAACUCGUCUCUAAGACAGUGUUCAUUGCCAGUGGCCAUUCAAUACAACGCGCCAGAAAAGGCAACGGAAUAAUUAUAAACCAAUCCUUCCAAGGCGCAAAACAUAUGAUAGCAUUCCACUAUCUCGGAAGUUGCGCUAUUAGCAACAGUAACCGAGAAAACUGCGCGGAAGCAUAUUUCUAGAUCUAUGGACAGCUACGUAUUAUUGCCGCAACUAAUACCAAGCGAAAACAAUAUUGUCAACAUGGCUAGUUGUCUAUGCCAAAUUGAAUUCAAAUGUGUAAACAU